AGGUACCUAGUGCCAACAGUUCACCGCGCACCGCCACCCGGGGCGCCUGUGUGCCGACGUACAAACACGAGCGGAUCACAGCCACUUGCAAUCUCGCAACACAAGUGCAUAACAUCGCUGUUAUAGCGUUAUUUUCGGAGAGUGCCACUAUUUUUAACGUGCAACACGAUAGUGUGCAUCCUGGCUCGUCCUCGCAAAUGCCCUCUUGGAUCAUCCGCAGAAGGAGAAAUAAACAUAGCACUCCGGAGCGAGAGGAGUACGUGGCGCUGGCUCCGAUCCAACCUCCACACGCUUGCUGAUGACACAAUAAAUUGUGAUGCUGACACGCACAGGGCCCUACAGAAAGCUGCGUCCUAGAGGACGACGAAGGACGUUGUAGUUAACGAAUUAUUUUUCUAAUAACAAGUGCCUAAAUCGCUAUUAUAAUGUUGAACAACCGUCGCAACUUUGUGUUUAGAGUGAGUAUCGUGAUCAACAUCGCCGUACUAUUGUACGCCGCGAUGCAUCUGUCCAGCAGCAGCACACCGGGUGUCGAGUGGGUACCGGUCACUGUGGAUGGAUCCGAGAGAAGUGCUGAGUUUCGUUAUUUAAAUAGAGAUGACAUGCGUAAUUAUACAGACACGAGACCGCCUGAUUCAAGCGUCCGGAUAUUGGAAGAGUCUACCUCACAAAAGACGCCGUCCACAAUGCCAACCACAAAUAAAACUACUUCGAGCACAGCUUCGUUGCUCGAAGCGGCGAAGGAUUUAGAAAAGAAGCUAACCGGUGUAAUGGCUGAUGCUGAAACGUCAAACGUAACAGUGCUUGAGAUAGAUGACGAGGACGCCUUAAACCCGGCGGCUCUUGCGUACCUUCGGACGUUAUUACAGUGCAACGACAAGGACAUGCUGGCGCAAACUAUACAACGCGGUGAAUAUUGGGUGCUAAAAAAUUUUGUACGCGCCGACCACGGUUUUAUACAGUGCCACGAAUCUAUAACUUAUACAACUCACGCUGGCUUCGAGUUUCUUGACAACGUCCAGCCUCUCGUUGAAAGAUGGAUGGCCCCAGUGAGUCUGGCUAUUCACGCGCCCGGAGCUGACAUGGGUCCGACGGUGAACAGCAUCAGAUACUUGCGCGACUGCCUCGGGAACGAUCUCAUCAAGCAGUUCGUCACUUUCCACGUGUUCUUCUCACACAAACACGUACCAAGCAGUAUACCAAAUCCGGAUACAUUCCUCCAAACGCCAUACAACUGCACCGUGAAACCUCCUUACGACGUCAACGCAAACUCAACGUACAUGAAAGCGAAGAGUCUCCUGUACCCAGUGAAUGUCGCUCGCAAUAUCGCUAGAGAAGCAGCGGUCACUCAUUACAUACUGCCAUCCGAUAUAGAGCUAUAUCCUAGUCCUAAUUUAGUACCCAGGUUCCUAAACAUGAUUGCCAGAAACGCUAAACCAUUGAGCACCUCUUCAAGGCCUAGAGUCUUCCCAAUAAGCAUAUUUGAAGUCGGUGCCAAAGUACAAGUGCCAUCAACGAAGACGGAGCUGCAAGCGAUGCUGAAAAACAAAACGGCUAUACCGUUCCACAAGUUCGUGUGCCCAAACUGCCACAAUAUUCCUCAGGGACAGCAGUGGAUAAACUCAUCGGAAACAAACCAAAUGGACGUGUUUCAUGUCGGUAAGCGAAGGGGGAAGUUCGUGCAUUGGGAGCCAAUCUUCAUUGGAACGCAUCAAGAUCCCUACUACGACGAGCGACUCAGUUGGGAGGGCAAAAAGGAUAAGAUGACACAGGGAUACAUCCUCUGCGUCAAAGAUUACGACUUUAUGAUACUAAACAACGCGUUCCUCAUCCACAAGCCUGGCAUCAAGCACUACGUCAAGAAUGCCAAGAGGGACAGCCUCGCUAGUCGACAAUCUCUGUACAUCAAGAAUAUUAUCAUGCCCCAGCUUAAAACUUUAUUCGGAACAAGGAAUGGAUGCGCGCUGUGAUCCAAAAGUUCUAAGUAUACAACCAAAUUGUAGCUGGAACCUAAUUGUUACCUGACAUCUUAUUAUUGGUUUACCUGUUGUAAGAGACUAUGCGCAGGUAUUUUUUAACCUAGAUGUUAAUCUAGUUUAUUCCGCACAGUUUAAAGACUGGCUUAAACAAGUUGAAGUUGUUGGCAGCACUGUAACUGAGGCAAUAAAGGUCAAUUCAUAUUGACGGCGAAUUGACGCGAUUUUCUAAAAUUUUAUAAAAAGUAGUAGGUAGAUAUACCUGUUUCGUCCAAAAAAGCACAAACUCGCGCAAAAAUAAAUUGCACGAAUGUGCGUGCGUUUUCGCUGCCAAUGUAAAUCGACCCUAAGAACCAAUUUGCGAAAACUAAAAAACACGAACGCACGAGUGUUGCCAACAUCUCUGUAACAGGGUGUGUACAAUGUACUACCGUCUGAUUUUUAUAGACCUUUACAUGUUGUCGUCGUUUAGCCUACAAAUUCUUGUAUCUUUGGAAACAGCGUAAAAGUUUUUGCGUCUUAGCAAUUGCCAUUCUGGGAUAUGAAGACGUAUUUUAAAGUACUUCGAACAUCAUCAGUUAUUUCCUUUCAAGGUUUGGGAGGCUCAUCGACGAUAUAUCGACGACUCGGAACGAUACAUAUCAUAUUAUAAACUAUUUUACUCGUAUUUAAAAUUAUUGUAGACAAUGUAUUCAGUGAUCAUUCGAAUCCGUGUCAAUAUCUGCCGGUUUCUAAAUAAUAAUUCAGUUCAGUGCAGUUGUUAAAACAUUAUUUUAGUAGGUAUGUUGAAAAACAUAAAAUGAUUUUCAAUAGCAAAGAGAAAUCUUUUUAAAACCUGUAGUUUAAUUAUUAAACAAUGAUUAUAUUGCGCAAUUUAAAAUUGCACUUUAUAUUAUUUCAGUUGACUAAGUGGGCUAUAAGAAACCGGUGGUUAGACUUUUAAAGCUAGAAACGCAGUGCCUGUAAUUUGAUAAUAUUGAUAAUUGUAUUUUUAAACUCAAUAUUCAAAAUAUCAACUAAAACUAUUCCAAAAUCAAUGGUAAAACCGAAUUUCCUAGACUGUUCUUCCUUUACGGGGCCUAACUUUAACGAUCAAUCUUCAUAAUUUUAAGUUUCUUGAAUGUAAAUAUUUUUUCCUUGCUUUGAUUAAUGUUCUCUGAUUUAUUGUGACUUUUACAUUUACGACAUGAAUCUUAAUUUUGACUCAAUAUUAUAUUAUGUAGUUAAUUGUAUAUACUUUGCUUUUUAAUUACUAAAGCUUGUAUCUUAUGCUUCUUCUUUAUGUUGGACCCAUUUUAGGCUAAAAAGGCUAACACAAACCAAUACAAAAACAGAGGUAAAAAGUACUGUUUUCUGGUUGGCCUUUAAAGUUUCCUAAAGGUUCUUCCGGCAUAUAGAUGAAGCAUGAAAUUGAGAUAAUCGAUACUUUUAUUUAAGCUGGCUUAUUUUAUAUUAUCUUUACCAAUACAUAUAAACAUAUUAUUAUAAAGUAUAAACGAUUCCUGAUAUGCAUUUUAAUUUAAUUUAUAUUUUAAACAGUGUGAACUAGUUAUUAGGGAAGUAACUGUAAACUUAUAAGUCACUAUAUUAUAGUACAUAAUAUACAAUUUGGUUAUUUAAAAAAAACAUCCCGAACACAUGGCACCUAAAGACUUGUAGAAUUUCCACAUAGGGAAGUACUUUUUCAGACCAUCGAGUCUUUAGACGCUAUGUACGAAUGUAAACUAGGUCAGUUUCCUGAUUUAUUGUAUAGCAUGGUGCAACAUCGAUAUAUUCAGUAUGUACAGGAUACCGAAAGCUUACCGAACGCUUCUAUUUCAAUGACAGCUUCCUGAUUUAUACGGGAGAUUCGAGCGAAAUCGUUUCGUUAUCAUGCCAAUAAGGUUAUCCUUACAGGCGAUCGGUAAGCUUUCGGCAUCGCCCUCACUGAACAUACCGAUACUACACCGCUACCCAAUAGAGGCAGGAGAUGGUCAGUCAACAGUUUUGUAUACAGUUAAAUUUGUAAGAUGUAUAUUAUGCCUAUUAUGUAAUGUAGUAUAUUGCCAACUUUGAUAUGGAUGUUCAAAGUUUAUACUAUACAGCCUGAAAUGCUAGUUUUUAUAAUUAAGAUGACGGGCCUUACGGUUACUGGUGAUGAUUAUAUAAUGCUUAGUGAUGAAACUCACCACGUUCGGAAUAGGUUAAGGAUUAGUUUUAGUUUAGUUGUCAAUUUCUUGCAUGAUUUUUUUAACUGUAUUAUAAUGACGCUUUUUUUUGCUUUAGACUGUUCUAUAGCCUGAUUCUUUAGUAGAAAUAUUUGCUUUCUUUUUCUUUAAACCUGGUUAGUCAUUUUUAAUUUUGCUUAAAGAAAGUCGUUUUGAGCGUUAUUUAAAAAAAUUGAUAGCUAAAGAAUCUGACUUGAAUUUAUAUGUAUUUUAUGCGGUUAGAUUUACUUAUUUAUACUAAAUAAUACUUUAUAUCAAAUACUAGUUGAUAGCUCUUUACUGUGUACUCUUUCUAGUUAAUUAAGUUAUGGGGUUUUGGUUCUGGUUUACGCAUGUGGUGAGUUUUCACUUGAAAGGCAAAAGUGCCUAAGGCUGGAGACAUACUUAUAACAUGCAACCCAAUCCGACGCCCCGUGACGCUCAUUCACUCAAAUCAUAUUAUUUUCUACUAACGGUCUUUCCCGACUUCGUCCGGGAUGAACAACAUAAUAUAUAGCCUACGUCCAUCUGGAAUAUAGUACAUUUCAAAUGGGAAAGUAAUUUUUCAAAUGCAACUGCAUUAGUUCCAGAGAUCACUCUCCACAUACAUCACCUGAAACUCACAUAAUUCGCACUCUUCCUAUAUAUAAUGCUGCUACAUUUACCUAACAACAUUUUGCAUAAAGUCGGAUGUUUGUAUUAUGUUUGUUCAUUAAAAGUUUGACGGCUCAAAGCAUACUCGUCAAAGCGAAGCAACGCGUUACAGUUUACAACUUUAUCUCCAGAAAGUUAAAUACAAAGUAUAAAGCAUACGCAAUGCGAGCGUUGGCAGAGAUUUUGUUUCAAUACAAAUAUCUAACUGGCAGCUUGAAAUAGAUGUUACGUUAAAGUCAAACAACAAGUUGUUUUUCCUCAUGAAAGAACAUUACAUAGGAGAGUUAAAAAUUAGCUUAGGUAUUUGAAAUAUAUUAGGAAAGACGCGAUGCGCUUCGAUUCUGCAUCAAUGUGUCUUAUGCUUAAGUUGACGAUUUGAGUUUACUGAACAACUGGCCUCGGAUGAGUUAGCAUCUUAUGUUUGGUAUGUUUCCAGCCCAUAAUAGUUUAAGUGCAAUAAAUAUAACUAUAAAUAAACAAAACCUGUAAACAGUCUCCGAAUGUGAUCAUUUAUGGAAGUGUAUUUAUCGACAUGUGCUAGUUUUAUAAGUAGUCUGCUAAAUUAAGGAUUUUACCUUGUAUGUGAAAAUUUUCAUAAAAAUCUACAGAUAUCAUGUAAUUGGAAAUAAAGAAUUUAAAAUUUCA